UAGUAUUUACAUUUUCUCUUCUUUUUUUAGGCCUUUUUCCCCAAAAUGGCCGACACCGAGGUCUCCUUAUCCCCGGCACUCUGCCCGCUCCACAUUAGCCCCGCCCACUCUGCCCAGCCGCCGCCGCCAACCUCCUCCUCCUCUCCCACCACCUUCUCCUGCCCUUCCUCGCCCUCCAGUGCCUCUUCCUCCUCCUYGUCUUCUUCAUCCUCCUCCUGCUCUGAAAGUUCCUCAGACUGCCCCAACCAUCACCACCACCACCACCACCAUCAUCAUCCUCGCCCUCAGCUCCAGCUGCCGCCGCCGCCGCCCCUCAGCGAGCAGCCGUCGUCGCCCAGCGCCAGCCCGCGCAGCUCCAGCCCCAGCGGCAGCAUCGGCAGCACCGGCAGCCUGGGCAGCAGCAGCGAAGGCAUCGGCAGCAGCGGCGUGUCGAGCGGCGGCGACCAGCGGGGCCCCAGCCCGCUGCUGGACGUCAUCUCCGAGGACGCCAUGGAGAUGGACCUGGUCGUCGAUCAAGUGAUUGACCCAGAGGUGGCGCUCAAGGCUUGUCAGGAGGUUCUUCUUAAAGUGAAGCUGCUCGACAACAAACAGCAGCAAGACGACCAGAAGCAGCACCAGCAGCAUGCGGACACGACCGACUGCUGYGGCCCGCCGUGGCACAUGAACCCYGACACCAGCUCCAUCAGAGAGGAAGAGGAGGAGAACGACGACGAAGGACAGAGAGAGACUCCUGYCGCCCAGAAGCAGACGCCUCCUGCAGCGCCGUCCGAGUCGCCUUCGCAGUCGUCUUCCAAGCAGUCGUGGCUGCUGCGGCUGUUCGAGUCGAAGCUGUUCGACGUUUCCAUGGCGAUCUCUUACCUGUACAAGUCGAAGGAGCCGGGCGUCCAGGCGUACAUCGGGAACCGGCUCUUCAGCUUCCCGGACGGCGAGGUGGACUUCUACCUGCCGCAGCUCCUCAACAUGUACGUCCACAUGGACACGGAGGUGGGCGACGCCAUCAAACCUUACCUGGUCCACCGCUGCAGGUCCAGCAUCACCUUCUCCCUGCUGUCCGCCUGGCUGCUGGGCGCCUACUCCUCCGACAUGCACAUCUCCACGCAGCGCCACUCCAGAGGCACCAAGCUCAGAAAGCUCAUCCUGUCUGACGACCUCAAGCCGCGGUCGGACGAGCCUCGGUCCGUUUCAGGGUCCGUCUCCGACAGCCCGCUGCCCUCGCCGCCCCACCGCCACCGGCGCCACAACAGCAGCAACGUGGAYGCCUGCGGCUCCCCGGACAGCGCCGACCAGGGGGACGUGUUCGUCUCUCCGUCCAGGAGGACCCACCAGAGAUCCAAGUCCGACGCCACCAUGGCGAGCGGCUUCCCCGGCGCCGGCCUCAGGAGGACGGGCAGCAACCCGAAGGUGGAAGCGGUCCAGGAAGAGGUGAGAGGUCGUCACGUCAGGACGGGUUUCUGCUGCGAUGAGUCAAUAACAACCAGUAAAUCACCACAAACACUUAAUCAAUAUCUACAGAUAAUGUUCARUAAUUUCACUGAACUUCAGAACCGCACAGCAUUCUGGGAGUCUGUCCCUCACCUGAGUUUCUUCUUCUGUGGUGCCGUCAGGCGGAUCAGAGAAGGCUCUCCUUACGGCCACCUGCCCAACUGGAGGCUGCUGUCGGUCAUCGUGAAAUGUGGAGACGACCUGAGGCAGGAGCUGCUGGCCUACCAGUUCCUCAAGCAGCUGCAGUCCAUCUGGCAGCAGGAGCGAGUUCCUCUGUGGAUCAAACCCUACAAGAUCCUGGUGAUGUCAUCAGACAGCGGGAUGAUCGAGCCYGUCCUCAACGCCGUCUCCCUGCACCAGGUGAGGAAGCAGAGCCAGCUGUCGCUGCUGGACUACUUCCUGCAGGAACACGGCAGCUUCACCACCGAGGCGUUCCUCACGGCUCAGAGGAACUUCGUCCAGAGCUGCGCCGGAUACAGCCUCAUCUGCUACCUGCUGCAGGUCAAGGACAGACACAACGGGAACAUCCUGCUGGACUCCGAAGGCCACAUCAUCCACAUCGACUUCGGCUUCAUCCUCUCCAGCUCUCCCAGGAACCUCGGCUUCGAGACGUCCGCCUUCAAACUCACGUCAGAGUUCGUAGACGUGAUGGGCGGCCUCGAUGGAGACAUGUUUAUUUACUACAAGAUGCUGAUGCUGCAGGGUCUGAUUGCAGCCAGGAAGCACAUGGAGAAGGUGCUGCAGAUCGUAGAAAUCAUGCAGCAAGGCUCCCACCUGCCCUGCUUCCACGGCUCCAGCACCAUCCGGGGCCUGAAGGAGCGUUUCCACAUGUCCCUGACGGAGGAGCAGCUCCAGCUGCUGGUGGAGCAGCUGGUGGACGGGUCCAUGCGCUCCAUCACCACAAAACUCUACGACUCCUUCCAGUACGUCACCAACGGCAUCAUGUGACCUGUGACCCCGGCGGAAAACGCAAACAAACAAACAAAAAAAAAAA